CUAUCACUAGAAGAGGGCCAGAAUCAGGAAAUCCGUGCUGCCUAAAAGAGAACUCUCGGGUCGAGCGCUUCACCUUCCCUCCAUCCCCUUCCCGCCCUCGCUAAUAGGACAGGAGCCUCGGAGGAUCCCAGCCGCCUACGUACCCAGGCCCAAGGGAUGCCCCGGAGACCUGGGUUCUCUCGGAGAUUGCCUUGUUCCCCACCUUCUCCCCGCUUCCUGCCGUCCUUUCUUCGAGAGACACUGGUUGGUCCCCGUGAAAAAGAGGAGCUGCAGUGCUCUGCCGGGCCGCCUGCAACAGAGCACUGCAACCGGAACCAGAGUAAGGGUGAGGGUGGAGAUGUCCAGUCCAAAAGCUUUAAAUAGGGGCCUGCGACAUGGCUCAGCGGGUAAAGGCGUUUGCCGCCAAGCCUGAGUUUAAUCCCUUGGACUCAGGGUGGAAGGAGAGAACAGACUCCCGCAGUUUGUCCUCUGACCUCUACACGCGCGCGCGUACACAGACACGCACAUAGUUUACAGAUGCAGCAAGAGCAGUUGUUGCAGCCAUCUCCCACUUACGCUGACUUACAAGGGGAUCCUUGCCCCUCAACCCCUGAAUCAAUUGCCAGGUGUUAAUCGGACGGAGGAACUACAGUGUGCCACUACCAUGGCCCCUUCUCGCCGCUAGGCCGAACUCCGGAACCCUGGUGAGAGUGGUGAUGCCAAACUCCUGGAGAUCCUCGCUUGGGGUGGGCCGGGGAGGCCGGGGGUGUCAACGGGACAGCGCCCUGAGGUACUGCGGGGAAACCACGGCCUCCCCCUGCAAACCUGAGGUCCGGAUCAGAUGUCUGCGGUCGGUCUCGCUGGCCAGGUGCAGACUACCCGAUCCCUGCUGCGUUAUUGUGCAGUAGCGGGUCCUGCCUGUGCCGAGACAAUCACCGAGGUCAGGGAGAGCCACUGAGGGAGGGCAAUGUGUGGGCUCUGGCAGCAGAUGCCGUCACCGGGUGGGAAUCGUGGGACCAGCGCCAGUAGCCGCGCCGUUAUUCCCUUCUGGCUGCUGGUCCACAGCCGACCUCCGAGAACGCAGCGACCCAGGGUCUCCCCUGCCAGCCAGAUCUGGUAGGAUGGAGGGGCAGGAGCAGGGGACUCUGACAUCAGGCCUCCAAGCCUCAGUUCCGGGUCUCCCCAAUUCUUUGCUCACACAACUCCCCAUUCUCUCCUCCCUCCUCGCGCGCCACCACGGCCUCGCUCCCUUUUAGUGUCCCCGAUUUCUUUCACCCUAUGCCCCUGCUUGUCGCAAUCGCUGUACAAAGGGCUGGGGGACGGGCGAGGGGAGCUCGACCCGAACUGGCUGCCUCCGCCUGCCUGCGACCAAUCCCGAGCGCGCCCGGCCGCCCGCGCGGGAGGGCGCUGGGCAGAUACCGGUGGCCGGGCGGAGCCCCGGGCAGAGCCGGGAGCUCGCCGAGGGUACAGCUCCGCUCCCUGUCAUCGCCCGGAGCCGCGCGGCGGGGGCUGCACUGCCCCGCCAUGCCUCCGUGGGGGGCCGCCCUGGCGCUGCUGCUGGCAGCGGCCGCCCUGCUCCUCCUGCUGGUCCCGCGGCUCCGGUGCCCCUGGAAGCGCGCCGUCGGAGCGAGGUCCGGGAUCCAGAACCACGAGGAGCAGGCGGACAAACGAGGCUCCACGGACCAGUUUGGCUGCCGGCGCGAGCCGCUCCCUGGAGGGCGCAGCCUCAUUUGCAAGCCGUCAGCGCUAGCCCAGUGCCUGCUGCGCGCCCUGAGGCGCUCGGCCGCUCUGGAGCCGGGGCAGCGCUCCUGGCUCUCCUGGCUCUCUGGGCCCCACUUGCAGACCUUCUGCCACUUCCUCCUGCCCGUUAGGGCCGGGCCUGAGCUUGCCCGGGAGUACCUGCAGUUGGCGGACGAUGGCCUGGUGGCCCUGGACUGGGUCAUAGGACCUUGUGCCAGGGGACGCCAGGUCACCAACGCAGGGGCUCUUCCAGCGGUGCUGCUGGUGAUCCCCAAUGCCUGGGGGCGUCUCACCCGCAACGUGCUGGGGCUCUGCCUACUCGCCCUGGAGCGCGGCUACUACCCUGUCAUCUUCCACCGCCGAGGCCACCACGGUUGCCCGCUGGUCAGCCCCCGGCUGCAGCCUUUCGGGGACCCGUCCGACCUCAAGGAGGCGGUCACUUACAUUCGUUUCCGACACCCGGCGGCCCCUCUGUUCGCGGUGAGCGAGGGCUCCGGGUCGGCGCUGCUGCUGUCCUACCUGGGUGAGUGUGGCUCCUCCAGCUACAUGACAGGCGCCGCCUGCAUCUCUCCGGUGUUACGAUGUCGCGAGUGGUUCGAGACUGGCCUUCCUUGGCCCUACGAGCGUGGGUUCCUGCUGCACCAGAAGAUCGCUCUCAGCAGGUACGCCACGGCCCUGGAGGACACGGUGGACACCAGCAAGCUGUUCCGGAGCCGCUCCCUGCGGGAGUUUGAGGAGACCCUGUUCUGCCACACCAAGAAUUUCCCCAUCAGUUGGGAUACCUACUGGGACCUCAACGACCCACUCCGGGAUGUGGACGAGGCCGCCGUGCCCGUGCUGUGCAUCUGCAGCGCUGACGACCCGGUGUCUGGACCCCCAGACCGCAGUCUGCCCGCGGAACUCUUCCAAAGCAACCCUUACUUCUUCCUGCUGCUCAGCCGCCACGGAGGCCACUGCGGCUUCCUGCGCCAGGAGCCCUUGCCCGCCUGGAGCCACGAGGUCAUCUUGGAGUCCUUCAAGGCCCUGACGGAAUUCUUCCGAAUGGAAGAGAGGAUGAAAGGGCUGAGCAGGCGCAGAACUUCCUUCCUAGGGGGCCGGCGUCGUUGGGGAGCCCUGCAGAAGCGAGAGGUCUCUCCCUCUUGCAAUAUGGAAGAAACCUUCAGCUGGAAGCGUUCUUACACCAGGUGAGGCCUGCCCGGGGAAGCCCCUGGUCCUGCAAGGAAGACCUAAACACGGCAUGGAGUCUUGAGAAGACUGACAAGUGGGUGGUGGAUCUCCAGGUCUUUGCUCUUGAAUCUGUCCCUUCUCUCUUAAAGUGGUCUGUGGAAAAAGCUGGAACUUUCAGAGAGCCUGAGCUCAACACCAGUGCAGAAUCCUCCCAGUCUCUGUGAAACAAAUUCCUGCUCAUCCUGGUGAGCCCUGGUCACUGUCUCCUGUCACCAAAGUCAUAAGCUAAGGAGUAGCAGUUUUAAGUCCAUGGACUGAAGAGAAAAUGCUGUCCUAGCUCUGACUCUAGGGAAGAAGAGCUUAUGUGAGUCAACUGGGUGGCUCUGUCCCACAUAAAUAAUCAGCUGGGUGACUCUGAGUCUGGAGCUGGAGCCACUUGGUGCAGAAAGGACAGGAUGUUUGUGUCUCGGUCCCACUUCCCUCAUGUGCUCUGCGGUUGUGGCUCUGUGUGAGUUAGCACAUCAGCAGCUGGGGAAGCAGGCUCCCAGAGUUGCCUAGCUGUCUCCUGAGUCUGAGAAGGCAGCAGAGGCCGGAAGUGCUGGGCAGAGACAGUUUGGUGAGAACCAGCAAGGGUAGCAUGAGAGUGCCUGUCACUGGGGACUAAGGCCCUGUCUCCCACAGGAGCUGGGAAUAGGGCUGGUCUGGGCCUCUAGGUCCUGAAGCCAUCCUUGAGGGUGCUUUAGGAACAGGAGGUGCUGUUGCCCAGGGAGGGUCUAAAGGCUCUGUUGAACCAUGGUUCAGGUGGCCAGGCCAGGCCAGAUGCUCCCCCCCCUCCACCAGACAGCCCCCACCAGAGCUGUGUAUCUCCUGAGAUGUGGGCUUUCUCAUAGUCUGAAAGGUGUAAGCCUCACCACAGGAUCUCUGGCUCAUUAUUCUUUCUUAUGCCACUAGCUCCUUGAUUUCCAGAGCCAAGAGAGACAUCUGGGACCAGAGAAACUAAAGCACCACUGCUUGACUAGCGCUGACUCAGUGAUUCAUGAACGUUUCACAUUACCACACUUUGUCUACUCAAUUAUUCAGAAGGCAGAAAUGCUGCUUUCUGGAUCCUACAACUCAGCGACUAAGUGGGCAUUGGGUUUUAUGAGGAAUAAUGCUGAAGACCAGAAUAUAAGACGGUAUAGUGCACAGACUGAUGGGCAUAUCCUAGGUUGGAUUAAGCCAUUAAAUUUUUUUGACAUUA